CCUCUACCUCCACCCAGGUCGGCCACUCACGAUUCAUUCCAUCUCUCUACCCCAUACCGGCCACAAUGGACGCUGCAGCUGAACCACUGGACGAUCUGCAUCACAUAGACGACUCGUUGAGGUCUAUACAAUAUGACGAUGGACGUAGAUACCAGCCGUUGAGGCUGGACAAGAUGUUUGCCCGAGCCACGAGCUGGACUUCCACCCCCCAGGUUGGACCUAUCCAAAGACCUCCAACGCCGCCGAGGCGGACAGCAAUGAUCUACCCUUUGCCUCAGCCUCUUCAAGAGAUAAACAAAGGGGUAUCACCACUGGGCAAGCUCUUCCAGUACCCUGAAUUGGUGCCGAACAUUCUCAAAUGCUUCGAUCGGCCCCGAGAAUUGGCUACAUUGGCAUUGGUUAAUCGAGAAUUCUGCAGGCUUGCGCGGAAGCGUCUGUACGAGAUUCUGUGGAUCAGGCCAUGGGAGAAGGGCAGUGAUAUCAAGCUUGGUCUCUUAUUCGAGACCCUACAUCAACAUCCCGAGCUCUGCAAGCUGGUAAAACAUCUAGACGUUCGCUUCUUUCCCCUUGCGACAAGGGAUACGGAACGGUAUGAUCUCGACGAAAAGGUGCAAAAAGCUGUUGCUGCAAUGGUUGAGCUGGAGAGUCUCAUUUGGACACGAGAUCGCAGCCUGAACAAUCCUCUCGUGGACAACAUUGCCAAUUUAAGGCACCUCCGAACACUUGAAAUUUCUGGUCACUCGCGGCGGUACUAUGAUCCUAGAGUCUUGAGUCGCUUACCUGCCUUGGAAGAACUUCGAGUCAUGAUGCCCGACGCAACAUUUCGUGAUUCCUUAUUGGGUCUCGUCAAAUCGUUUGAUGCCAGGAGUAACGGCGGCCUGAGAGGUCUGGCGGUGGUAGCUAAAGUAAGUUUUGAACACCUUUCGACCAUCAUGACAGAGAUCCAGGGAUCUCCGCUGGUGGAUGAUGGUAUGCUUCUAGCAAUGGCACCAUUCCUGCGCGAUCUCAAACGCUUGACAUUCUGGGGAUGUACCAGACUCACUAGAGAUGGUGUGAGGAAGAUCCUGACAGAGGCAAAGGAAUUGGAGGAGCUGAGUCUGGAUACAACCUCACACUCGAAUCUCAACGACCUGACUCAAGCACCACCAUUAUCCGAACUGCACACUUUGUCCAUAUCGUUCCCUGCGCCUAAUAGACUACCAAGUCGACCUGGUCUAUCAGCCUCGGAUCUUCCCUCGCUCCCGAGUGGAUCCCGGCUCACAUCCCUCCUUCUUACUUUAUCCGGAGACAGGGCAUGGAUGCCGGCGGGCGGAAUAUCUCACCUGGCUGUUCAAACCGACUUCACCAAACUCAAGAGGUUGUCUUUGUUAAAUCUCUUUUUCGGAUCAGAGGAGCUCACAGAGCUCAUCGAAACAGCCCCAAAUCUGGAGGAACUAUACCUCAGUAUCCGUUCCCGAAACGUUUUGCUCGACUGCGACGCCCUUGACAAGACCCGGCUGAGGAUCCUGCACACCAACGCACCAGAACGAUGGGGUCCGACCCCAACAGACCUACUGAACGUCGCGGAACGCAUACCGACAUUGGAGCAGAUAGGAACAGGAAACAGGGUUUAUCAAAUACUGAGGCGUUACGACAAGGACGAACCGGUGGUUGAGAUCUGUCGGUGGAGUCAAACUGGUACGCCAGGAUACUUUCAGGUUUGGCGUGGAUAGUCAUUGAAAUAUGCAAU